CUGACCUGUCUGACGCCUGCGGGCGAGGGUGUCCAGCCGGUGGUGGUCACGAGCGGCGGCCAGACCGUGACCGGACCCGACUACACGUACUCGGCGGAGAGCACGCCCGUGCUGACGUCCGUUGUCAGUUUGGAUAACGGCGAGGUGACGCUGGUCAUGUCUGCCGGCACUGGGCUGGGCACCUCCGGCAGCAGCUACCUCAUGGUGGGCGGCAGGCUCUGCAACGUCAACAAACAAAGCGACACCCAGGUCACGUGCCAGCUGGACACGGUUCUGCCCGGCGGACAACACCCAGUGACCUUCUACUCGCCGGAGGGCACCGGCAACUCGGCGCCCUUUGACCUCACAGUGGAGCUGGCCUUGGCCUCCGUCUCACCGGCUACCGCGGGUAUCAGCGGAACGACGCUGACCCUCGCCGGCGGCAAGUUUGACACGGUGGACCCGGUCACAGUGACGGUGUGUGACCAGGCCUGCCAGGUCACCACCGUCACCAGCACGGAGAUCACGUGUCUCGCGCCUGCUGUUCAAGCGGCCCCGGCGGCGGCCUGUGACGUCACUGUGACGCUGUCUGGCGGCCAAUCGGCGGUGGCGGAGGCCGCUCUGACGUACGACGGCGCACUGACGGCGUCAUUGACCAGCGUCACGCCCAGCCGGGGCGGCACGGCCGGCGGCACCAGCAUCACCGUCACAGGCACCGGCCUGGCCGCCUCCGGCAACCUGGUGACGAUCGACGGCGUCCCGUGCGCGGUGACCAGCGAGAGCGCCACGCAGGUGGUCUGCGUCACCGACGCUCACAGCGGGCCCGGGAGGUUCGCCGUCGCCGUUGACGUGCCUGGCGUCGGCUUCGCCGCGGCCGGCGAGGAGGCCGUGUUCCAGUACGUGGACCGCUGGUCGUCGCCGUUCACCUGGGGCGGCAGUGACCCGCCGUCCGACGGCCAGUCGGUCAGCAUCACGGCCGGCCAGACCAUCCUGCUCGACACCAGCACGCCCGUGCUCAAGCUGAUCCUGAUCGACGGCGGGGAGCUCAUCUUCGACCCGGAGGCGGCAUUCCUUGAGCUGCACGCCGAGUACAUCGUGGUGCUGGGCGGCGGCCGGGUGCAGAUCGGCACCGAGCAGGCGCCGCACGCCGGCCAGGCCGCCAUCACGCUGCACGGCAACGUGCGCGCCACCGAGCUGCCCGUCUACGGUGCCAAGGUGCUGGCCGUGCGGAACGGCACGUUGGACCUCCACGGUCUGCCCGUGGCCGUUCCCUGGACGUACCUGGCGAGCACGGCGGCGGCGGGCGCCAGCAGCCUGACCCUGGACCGCGCCGUCAGCUGGCAGGUCGGCGAUGAGAUCGUGAUCGCCUCCACCGGCGGCAAGCACUCGAUGAACGAGUCGGAGAAGCACGUGAUCUCGGCCGUGUCGGAGGACGGCCUGACUUUGACUUUGGAGAGCCCGCUGGCGUUCGAGCACAUCAGCUCGGAGCAGACGUUCGCCGGCCAGACAGUGCGCAUGCGCGCAGAGGUGGGCCUGCUGACCCGCAAUGUCAAGGUGCGCGGUUCCAUCAACCAGGAGUUCACCGAGGAAGUGAAGGCCUGUGCGGCCGGCUUUAACCCAGGUCAGUUUGACACGCAGACCUGCUUCCGCGGCCGGUACGGCGCCGAGACGUCGACGGACCAGUUCGGCGCCACCAUCAUGAUCCACGCCAAGUACCAGAACGAGCACCUGGUCACCGGCAGGCUGGAGUAUGUGGAGGUCACCGAGGCGGGACAGGCGUUCCGUCUGGGACGGUACCCGAUCCACUUCCACCUGAACGGCAACGUUACCGGCUCGUACGUGCGAGGCUGCGCCAUCCACCGCACGUACAACCGGGCCGUGACUAUCCACGCCGUCGACUACUUGCUGGUCGAGCACAACGUGGCGUACAACAACAUGGGGCAUGCCUUCUUCACGGAGGACGGCAUUGAGGCGUACAACACGAUCCAGUAUAAUCUGGCGAUCUUCACCAGAACUUCAUCAUCCCUCCUGAACGUCGACGUUACGCCGGCCUCGUUCUGGGUUGUCAAUCCGACCAACAUCGUGAGGCACAACGCGGCGGCCGGCGGCAGCCAUUUUGGCUUCUGGUACCGGACAGAAGAGCACCCGAGCGGCCCGAGCUUUACCUCGGAGUACUGCCCGAACCACGCGCCCAUGGGCGAGUUCUUCAACAACUCGGCCCACUCCUUCGGAAGGUACGGCCUGUGGGUGUUCUCCAUGGACGGCUACUUCCCAUACACGGGCGGCGAGGACACGUGCGAGGGCCAGCCGGACGUGGCGCGCUUCGGCGCCUUCUUGGCCUGGCGCUGCGAGCGUGGCGCAGAGGUCGUGUUGGGAGGUGCCCUGAGAUUUGAGAAUUUCACCGUAGUAGACAAUGAAAUGUCCGGACUGGAAAUGGUAAAGGUGAAGGGAUCCUUCGGAAACGACGGACCGGGAGUGAAGAAUGCUCUGGUGGUGGGCCGCUCCGCGAUUGCCGGCGAAGCGUGCACGCAGCGUGGCAUCAUUACGCCCAAGCAGUACAUCUUCAACGUGGACGGCGCCACGUUCGUAAACUUCGACGGCGAGUGCUCGGCCUUGGGCGCCUGCUCGCAGUGCAAGCUGUUCCAGGGCGGCUUCCACCACCAGCUGCGUGGACUCGUUUUCGAUAAUUCGCCAAAGCGGCUGACCUGGAAGUGGACCCACGAGAGCCUCUUUCACGACACGGACGGCUCACUGUCCGGUGUGGAGGACGCCCGGGUGCUGCCCUGGACCGACAUCCUUCCGCCGGAGCGCUGCUCAGCCGGACACCCCGCCCUCGACCAGAACCCACAGGUGCCCACGGCCGUGUGCGACCCGAGCGUGACGCUUCAUCGCAUGGCGUUCAACAACCCGAAGCCGACCAGCCUGCUGUACAAGGAGGCCACCUUCACGACGCCACACGGCAGCGCCCAGGUGCCGUGGAAGAAGAAACGGCUGACGCACGGCCUCGGCUGGAUGGCGCUGCUGCCGGGCGGCGAGACGAACCAAUUGUCCUUCGAGGACUCUGAUCAGCUGACCAACAUCUCGUACACGGCGUCCUUCUACUUCUUGCGGGCGGACGACCGGCUGGCGGUGUCGCACGUCGUCCUGCAGAGGCCGGACCGGCUGGAUGCGGUCGGCAUGCCCUCCAACGGCUCCGGGCCGCCGCUUGACCUGGCAGCCGGGCUGCACGGCGAUGUGCACUGGAACAACGACACCUACACGCUCUCCUAUCUCGUGGCCGGCCAGUCUCGCUCGCGCCGCGCCGCCGGCCCGUUCGAGGACCGCGACCCUGGCCGCACCCAGUCCGUCUCGCUGAAGGUGUAUCGCUGCUUCUUCGAAGACUGCGUGCCGCCGCCGGUGCCGACGGUGCCGACCGGCCGGCCCGACCAGGUGCAGCUGUGGUCGCAGGCCACCGACGGUGUCUGGCUGGUCCCCGGCCAGAUGGAGGAUGUCACGGUGCCACCAGGGCUUUGGGUGCUGGUCGAUGUGCCCCUGCCUCCAAUCCGUCGCCUGACUAUCUACGGCGUCCUCGAGAUUGGAGACGACCAGAACAAUGUGCUCAACUGCACCCACAUUGUCGUCUUUGGGAAACUGAUAGCAGGCACUGCCGAGCAGCCGUUCCAGAACAACCUGACGAUACUGCUGCGCGGUCGACACCGGCGGGGCGAGGACGGAGCCUCCGCCGACAUCCCUAUGCCGGCUGGCACUCCCAACAUCGGCUGGAAGGCGCUCGCUACGUUCGGCGGUUUGGAGCUGUUCGGUCGGCCGACGGCGGUCCAGUGGACCUCGCUUACGAGCACCUCGGUAGGUGGCGCGGCGGUCGGCAGGGCGCUGACGCUGAACCAGAACCUGCAGUACGAGCACCUCGGUGGCGCGGCGAUCGGCAUGACGCUGACGCUGAACCAGAGCCUGCAGUACGAGCACCUCGGCAUCGGCUUCACGAUGCCAGACGACUCCGUCGCUCCCCUGGCGGCCAAGGUCGGACUCCUCUCCCGCAACAUCCGCAUCGAGGGCGAGUCCUACGAUGACGUCAUCGAGGAGAGCUUCGGGGCGCGCGUGCUGGCCAGCAGCUACAACGACAGGAACACCAACACGAUGAAGAAAGCCUCCGUCCAACUCUCCAACGUGGAGUUUCGGCUGGCUGGCCAGGACGGCUGGAGUGACGCCUACGACCCGCGCUAUGCCCUCGCCUUCGUCUCCCUGGACGAUACGGACUCCAGCGUGGUCAACUGCAGCUUCAACCACCUCUUCAGCCCGGCCAUCGGCAUCUUCUACACCAACAACCUCACCGUUCAGGGCAACGUCAUCAUGCACACGGUCGGAUCGGGUAUCAUCGACGAGGGCGUGGGCAACCGUCUGCAGGACAACCUCGUCUCGUGGGUCGUCUUCCCGGGCACGUACAACGGCCGCGAAGAGCCGGAGAACCUCUCCUGGGACGCCGGCUUCCGGAUCCACAAGGCCAAGAGCGUGAAGCUCACCGGCAACGUGGUGGCAGGCUCGGAGCGGCUGGGCUUCCACAUCAGCGGCACCGACUGCGCUGCGCCUUCCAACUGGGCCAAUAACGAGGCACACGGCGUCCUGCACGGCGUCCAUAUGUUCAAGAAGAUCACGCACAAACAGUGCGCCAAGGUGAGCGGCUUUUACGUGUGGCGGGCCUACGACUUCGGCAUCUACUUCCACGUGAGCUCGCACAGCGUCGUCGUGGAGGACAACCUGCUCGUGGAGAACACGCUGGCGCUGCUGCCCAUGCUGUACGAGCCGAGCCCCGUGUCUCACCAGUACGCCGACAAGCACAUCAACGUCACCAACACGCGUAUCGUGGCGGUGACGUCGGCCGAGCAGUGCGGCGCCGACACAGCGCCGCAGAUCGCCAGCUACCGCACGCAGGCGCGGUCGCCCCGCGCGCCCGACGGGGGCCGCACAGGCCUCAUGUGGGGCCAGUUCAUCGCCAGUCCUGUCGGCGCGCCGCUCAAGACCUGGUACAAUCCGAUGAGCUACGCGGCUCUGCGCGGCACAACGUACCUGCGGUCGAUCCAGCUGAUCAACUUCGCCCGGCUGUGCGGCGGCCGCCGCGACCUGGCGCUGACCACCCUGGGGUCUGGCGACGAUGCCCAGCACCCCGUAGUCAGCCAGGACGUCAGCUUCACCAACGUGCUCGAGGACGAUCGUCUCUUCUUGCACGAGCCAGAUUUGGCAGCAGUGAACCCAUCUGACUGCGUGGACAUGGACUGUGAUGGCCAGAAACACGCCAUGCUGAUCGACACCGACGGCUCCUUGAUUGGCUCUGCCGGCACGUUGGUGCCUCUGGCCGAGUUUGAGUUUGACGGCGAUGAGAGGCGAGGUGUGGGCUACUACCGCGUGCCCGAGUCGGCCGUCACACGGCUGGACGGCUCGCGCAUCCCGUACGCAGAGAAGAUGCCCAACAAAGGUAACUGA